UGAAUGGCGAGAGGGUAGGGGACAACCGAAUCCAAACAAUCAUCAGUCGCAAGCGGUACCUCACAGCGAUCGGAAGCUCGCACAUUAGUUCAAUCGCAGUUUUCAUCGCAGGACAUCUGAUACCCCAGUUCGUUAAAGUUUGAUCCGGGCGUGACAAAUUCCAGCCACAAUGGACGUCGACAGUGUUGUGUACAGCAACUGUAAGAACCCCUCCAAGUACGAACCGUACCGAUGUACGCUGAGUGAUAAACUGCGCAAAAUCGCCAAGGCCGAACUACGGGAGGAUGACAAAAUUCGCGAGCAAGCCCUGGCGCAGAUGCGAGAAUGGAUCGCCAAAAACCCCCACAUCAAAAAGUGCCGCACGGAUCCGCUGUUCCUGUUGCGAUUCCUGCGAACCAAGAAGUUUUCCAUAACGCAGUCCUGCGAGAUGCUCGAGAAGUACCUCUCCAUUCGUCAGACUUACCCGAAGUGGUUCCGAAACUGUGAUAUCGAAGACCCGGAACUGGAGGCUCUCAUCGACGGUGGAUAUAUCGUGCCGAUCGCCCAGCGGGACGAGAACGGCCAGCAGCUGAUACUCUCGGUAGCGGCCAACCUGGACCUGACUCGGGUGAACUCGGCCCUGCUGGCUAGGGCACAUUUCCUGGUGCAAGAGGUGCUGGCCGAUGACGAGGAAGCGCAGAUCUGCGGCUAUGUGCAGUGCAUUGACGAGCGGCAGUUGUCCUUGAAGCUGAUGGCACUCUGGUCCUUGGUCGAUAUCAAAAAGGUUGCCGAAAGUAUACAGCAUGGCAUUCCCACCCGGAUGCGGUCUUUUAACUUUAUUGGACUGCCUUCGUCGGCGGUGACGCUGCUGGAGUUUUGUGUGUCACUGUUGAGUGAUAAGCUGAGGAAGCGAUUCAAUCUCUUCCGCACCGUGAACGACUUCUCCGCCAAGUUCAACAAACGAAUCCUCCCGAACGAGUACGGUGGCACGGCCGGGCCCCUGUCGGACAUGAUCGCCCAGUUCAAGGAGCGCUGUCGGGCCAAACGGGCCCAACUGCUGGCCAUGGACGAGAUGCACAUCGAAAUCACCAAAUCUUCCUCCUUCUACGCGGACACGUGCCGUGGCGAUCUGGACAGUGGCAUGAUCGGCAGCUUCCGGAAGCUGGAAGUCGAUUAGACGAUAUUUGAUGAAGUAAAACAAUCUUCGUUUUGUGAAUACUAAAGGUGAUAUUUUUCUCUCGUAAUCUCGUUAUUAUAGAUGUAUGUUACAAUGCGAUCCAUGCUAAAAAACCGAAAUGUAAUGAAUUUUAGUAUACCUGCUUGGAUUAAGGUGAAGCUUUAGAAUUUAAGGAAACUUGUUAGACGUAAGUGACAAAAAACUAAUAAAACCAUUAUCUACCACCA